CAGGCCUCGUCUCUCAAUAAUUCCACCAAUUCCUCCUCCUCUCCCUCCCCCUCUUUUGUGAGAGUCUGCAAAUGGGAAAACUCCUAGGAUUUCUACUGAUCUUCUCAAGCCUCUUCAUUGCCUUAGUGGCUGCAGCAGAUUGGAACAUUUUGAACCAGAAAAGGAGGCAUGGGGUGGGAUCUUCUUCUAGCUUGAAGAAUUAUUGUGAGAGUUGGAGGAUCAAUGUGGAGGUAAACAACAUCAGGGGAUUCGAUGUUGUGCCCCAAGAAUGCGUUGAGUACAUCAAGAAAUACAUGACAUCUUCCCAAUACAAAGCUGACUCCGAGAGAGCCAUUGAAGAGAUCAAGCUUUACCUGAGCAGCUGCUGCACUCUGAAAGGUGAUGGUAAAGAUGCAUGGAUCUUUGAUGUUGAUGAUACCCUUCUCUCCACGGUGCCUUAUUACAAGAAACAUGGUUUUGGGGGGGAGAAGCUGAACUCAACCUCUUUGGAAGCAUGGAUGAAAGAGAGUAAGGCACCAGCUCUUGAGCACACAUUGAAGCUCUUCCAUGAGAUCAAAGAUGGAGGGUUUAAGAUCUUCCUGGUUUCUUCAAGAAAGGAAACACUUCGAUCUUCCACUGUUGACAACCUCAUCAAGGUUGGUUACCAUGGAUGGAAGACUCUAAUACUAAGGGGUCUUGAAGAUGAAUUUAUGGAAGUGCAAAGAUACAAAUCCAAGGCGAGGCAAAAUAUGAUUAAUGAAGGGUAUCACAUAUGGGGCAUUAUUGGAGAUCAGUGGAGCAGUUUUGAGGGCACUCCCAGGGCAGAAAGGACAUUCAAGCUACCCAAUUCCAUUUACUAUCUGGCAUAGAAGUCUCAAGCUAUAAGAGAAUGCAUCUUCAUUUAAGUAAAAGCUUUAGUGUUCUUCUUCUAGAUUGCCUCCACCCGAUCCUAUAUCUUCGUACUUGUUCAUCAAGGCUAUGAAUUUUUGAAAUAUUUGCUGCUGUAAUGCAAUGUGCUGGAUGCUGUGGCUGCAAAUUAAUUAAACUCUUGAAAUUGACAAAGAACAUUUUCUGAAGGACAAAUUGAAUU